GCUGCCCGAGAUAAGGGAGGCAAGGCGGCCAUAGCAGAGAGCAAGUCAGAUCCAAUUACCGGGCCCUGGUCUUGGGGAGGGGGAAGGGGGAGACAGACAGGACGGAUCACAAGUUUCAAGACAAGAGCUUCCAAACUUGUCAUCUCUGUGUGACACGAGCUGCGCACAACCCAGGGGAUAAAACGGCCACUUCGCCCUCACGGGAGCCAGAGCCCGUUGAGGUUGGAGGCUCGAGCGGCGCCAUGGAUUCCAUAGUGCUCCAGCUGUGGGCUGUCCUCUCCCUCCUGGUUCACCUUGCUGCCUGCAGUCCCAUCCUGAGCCUGGAGCACUCUUCCUUGGAGGAAGACGCGCCUCUUUUCGAUGAGAUUCUCUCCGAGCAGGAUGGGGUUGAUUUCAACACGCUGCUCCAGAAUAUGAAGAACGAGUUUUUGAAGACCUUGAACCUCUCUGACAUUCCCCUGCACGAGUCGGCCAAGGUGGACCCGCCAGAAUACAUGCUAGAGCUGUACAACAGGUUUGCCACCGACAGGACAUCGAUGCCUUCUGCAAACAUCAUCAGGAGCUUCAAAAAUGAAGACUUGGAUUCCCAUCCUACUGGUGUCACAGGGAUUCGGAAAUACCCUCUUCUCUUCAACGUCUCCAUCCCUCACCAUGAGGAGGUCACCAUGGCCGAGCUGAGGCUCUACACCCUGGUGGAGAGGGACCAGAUGCUCUACGAGGGGCUGGACAGGAAAGUCACCAUUUUUGAAGUGCUGGAGAACGUCCACGUGGGGGUAGGAGAAGAGAGAAAGCUGAUGGCCCUGGCAUCCAGGCAGAUCUACGGCACGAGCAGUGAGUGGGAGAGCUUUGAGGUCACCGAGGCCAUCCGGCGCUGGAGAAGGGCCGGGCUGACCACGCACCGGCUGGAGGUUCACAUCGAGAGCAGGGAAGGGGAGGAGCGGGACGGGGAGGGGAAACUCGACAUCGACAUCAACUCUGAGGCCAAGCACGUGCCCCUGCUGGUUGUGUACUCCGACGACCAGAGCAACGACAAGAAGGAGGAGAAGGAAGAGCUGAACGAGAUGAUAGACCACGAGCAGCUCAUGGACUUGGAGCAGCUGGAGGUUGGCCACUUCCACGACCAGCCUGGCGAGGAGGCGCUGCUCCAGAUGCGCUCCAACAUCAUCUACGACUCCACCGCCCGCAUCCGCAGGAACGCAAAGGGCAACUAUUGCAAAAAGACUCCGCUCUACAUCGACUUCAAGGAGAUCGGCUGGGAUUCCUGGAUCAUCGCCCCGGCGGGGUACGAAGCCUACGAGUGCCACGGAGUGUGCUCCUACCCCUUGACAGAGCACGUCACACCGACCAAGCACGCCAUCGUCAAGACUUUGGUUCACCUGAAGAACCCCCAGAAAGCCUCCAAGGCCUGCUGCGUGCCCACCAAACUCGACCCCAUCUCUAUUCUCUACUUGGAUGCAGGGGUGGUCACCUACAAGUUCAAAUAUGAGGGCAUGGUGGUCUCAGAGUGUGGCUGCAGAUAGUAGGAGGGAAGGCACAGGGGAGGGCGCAGGGGGAGUAUUUAAUGAUUCAGUCUGUAAAUUUGUACAUUUCAGAUUUGCUAUUUAAUGAGGUUAUUUAAUAAGGCAUGUACAGAUAAUUGUGUGUUUCCUGUUCUGGGGAACGGGCAAGUCGUACGACCGCAGGGAUUGUAUAUUUUGGUCCAUUGUUUCCUUCUUGCUGUUCUUCGCUGUCCAAAUUAUUACCGAGUCCCUCCUCCCAUCAGGGCAUGGAACAGAUCAUUGGAUUGUUUGGGAGAGCUCUUUGUGCCAGAGGGGCACAUUUAAACUCUCAGAAAUAAAGGCAUAUUUUUGUA